AUGAAGAAUGAGAACCGGGCUGCAAUGAACAAUCACUCUCACAGCAUCCUGCUAACGCCUGUAACUUUGUCAGGAUCGAAUGAUAUGAGCAAGGUGGAGACCGAGUUGAAACAAAGACUAUUGCCCUCUCCUCAAGAUCCUCCCGAUCCAAACGCACAGAGGAGGGUGUUGAGUGCCGAGGCCGCAACCGACCUAGAGGAAGGAUGUGGGACGAGGAGGAUCGCUCUCCAGAUCACCGGGAUGACCUGCGCGAGCUGCGUCUCCAAGGUCGAGAGGACUAUCUCCUCGCUGAGAGGAGUGAGCAACGUGUCCGUCAACCUCCUCACCGAGACUGCCGGCCUUGAGAUCUCGGCAGACAUCGCGGUUGACGAUGUCGUCCGAACGGUGGAGAACCUCGGCUAUGGAGCUAAAGAGAAAGUGUCUGGAUCGAAGGCUCUGUACUUUACCUUGUGGGCCGCUGGGACGUCCCUCUUGCAUACCAAGGAAACGGUUGAGAGGUCUUUGAACCAACUGGGACUCAACAAGUACAAAGUCGUUCCUUUCGAGUCAUCAGAGCCCGAGAUUCAGCAUCGCUUGCAAGCUAUGUAUCACAAUGACGGGGGGCCGACGUUCGAUGCGAUGUCGACGGUGGUUGUGCAGGGGUCGUUCUCCACAGCGGACAUCACUGUAAGGGACCUGUUGGAUCUGCUGUGGGACAAACAGUUGAAAGCUGGGAGCAUUACGAUGCCCAACCAGGUCAAUCAGAAUGGCGCGCUCCUCAAACGGAGGCAGCUCCAAAGGCUCCUGCUGGCCAGCUGCAUCUUCACGGUCCCGUGCUUUCUGAUUGCCAUGGUGUUUCCUAUGAUACCGUCCCUGAAUGUUGUGCUUUCGCAACGAAUUUGGGGUGCAGUGAGUCUGGGAACGAUUCUCACGUGGAUCCUGUCGACGCCAGUUCAGUUUGUGAUUGCCGCAAAGAUGUACUACAAGGCCUACCGCACGAUCCUCACAGGGACGCCUGGAAUGGAAGUGUUGAUCAUGACCGGCACCUCGGCCUCGUACAUCUAUUCCGUCAUUGCGGUCAUCAUCUCCUCGGGAGCGGAUUUCGAGCUGCAUUCCUUCUUCGAGACCGGGUCCAUGCUCAUCACCUUCGUCUACUUAGGCAAACUCCUGGAAGCGAUAGCGACGGGACGGACCUCCAUGGCGCUCGAGAAGCUGAUGAACUUGCAGCCGGCCACUGCACUGAUCGUGUAUAACUUCGAGAUGGACGAUGAUGGGGGCGGUGGGCGGCCGGGGGCAUCAAGCCUGGAGAGGGAAGUUGAUGUCGACCUCCUCAAAGUCGGAGACGUAGUCAAGGUUCUGCCUGGAGGCAAAAUCCCCGCGGACGGGACCGUGAUGCGGGGGAAGGGGUCAGUGAACGAGAGCAUGAUCACAGGCGAGUCUCUCCCGGUUGACAAGCAGCCCGGAUCGAAGGUGAUCUGCGGCACCAUCAACCUGAACGGGUUCAUCUACAUGAGAGUUGAACAGACUGGCGAUUCUACGAUCCUCGCACAGAUCGUCAACCUCGUCCAGGAGGCGCAGGCCUCCAAGACUGAGAUCCAGCGGAUCGCCGACGUCAUCGCCGGAGUCUUCGUCAAGGUUGUCAUAGUCAUCGCACUCCUGACAUGGAUGACUUGGGUCUUGCUCGUGACCAACGGGUUCGCUCAGCCCGAAUAUGAAGGCAACUUGCUCCAUCCGACCGUCUUUGCGCUCAUCUUUGCCAUGUCGGUGUUGGUUAUCGCAUGCCCCUGUGCGCUCGGACUGGCGACUCCGACGGCCGUCAUGGUGGGCACUGGAGUGGGAGCGAGGGAAGGGAUCCUGAUUAAGGGAGGGCGAGCGCUGGAGACGGCUCAUCGCAUCAGUGCGAUCAUCUUUGACAAGACAGGUACUGUAACUCAGGGCAAACCGCAAGUCACAGGGCACUGGUGUGUCACUGCUGAGGGCUCUAGGAAGGAGGCGAUCAGCACAAUGAUGUGGAGCUUGCUGGAGAGUGCAGAAGCAAACUCGGAACAUCCACUGGGGCAGGCGAUCCAUCAGAAGGCUCGGACGAUGUUGGAGAGCAGCGGGAGGGAGGAGGAGUCGUUGAUGGGGCAAGUCGGCGGUCCCGAGGAUGGAGGAGCAACAGACUUUGAGACCGUCGCUGGUCGUGGACUCAAGUGCAAGGUGCGGGACAUCGACGUGUGCAUCGGAAAUGCUGCCUUCAUGCACGAUGUUGGUGCUGUGUGGGCCAAAGACGUCGAAGGGGGAAGGGCAGGAGAUCGGGCCAACGAGAUCAUUGCCGAAUGGGAGUCGCAGGCAAGUACAAGCCUGCAUGGCUGUACCGUCGUCCUCGUCUCCAUCCAAGGCAUGAUUAUAGGGUGCUUGGCUCUGUCCGAUCCCAUUAAGCCCGAGGCUAAGGAUGUCGUCAACUGGUUGACGCAAAAGAAGAUGGAGGUCUGGUUGGUCACAGGCGACAACUCGCACGCAGCCAUGCAUGCUGCAAGAAGCAUCGGCAUCAGCAACGUGCAAGCAGAGACGUUCCCAGCCGACAAGGUUGCGCGCGUGAAGGCGCUGCAGGCGGAGGGCCAUGUGGUCGCCAUGGUAGGAGACGGGAUCAACGACUCUCCUGCGCUCGCUCAGGCUGAUCUGGGGAUCGCGAUCGGAAGCGGCACAGACAUCGCGAUCGAGGCUGCGGACAUUGUGCUGAUGCAUGCGAGCCUGCAGGACGUGGCCGUCGCCGUUCAUCUCUCCAUGGCGACUUAUCGUCGGAUCAUCAUCAACUUCAUCUGGGCCUUCUUCUUCAACAUCAUCGGCAUCCCUCUUGCCGCCGGGCUGUUCCAUCCUCUGGGAGCAAGGAGUCAGGCAACAGGAGCCCCCGUCCUCCACUCUCAGGGCAUCCAGGCUGCCAAUACGUCUUCCAUGGUGGUCGGUUGCAGCUGUGGGAACACGGGGUGUCGCUGCCCCCCCAUCCGCUACCUCUAUCAGCCCUCGAGCGGCGGGUACGUUCCCGAGGAGCAUCGCUGCGCGGACUUUGGGUGCGAGUCCUGCUCCAAGUGCAACGAGAUCAUCGAGAAGUCCAAGGAAGUUCGUUCAGUGCAUGUGAAGAGCGCGGGCGAUGGUCAUGCCCUGCUCCUCAAGGUUCAGGGCAUGUCGUGCGGAAAGUGCUCGAGCCGAGUGAACAAGUGCCUCUCGAAGCAGGAGGGAGUGACGAGGGUUGAGGUCGACUUGGAGAGGGGGGAAGCGCGAGUAUGGGGAGACGUUGUCAGCGCCGAUGCAGUGCCUUGCGAUCUUCGAGUCGAAGGGAUGACCUGCUCCAAGUGCGAAAACCGGGUGAAGAAGAUGAUUCAGAAGAUAACCAAGGAAGCUGUCAUCAAGGUCAACCUCUCCAAUGGGCUCGUUCAGGUCCACAAGGGCGCCAAGUUCAUCGACCAGGUCGUGUCGGAGUUGUCCUCCAACGGGUAUAUGGCUCACAAGCUCCCUGGCAAGACCAGCGACGUGGAUCUUUGCGCUUCCCUCGUGGAACUGGGAUACAAUGCAACCACCAUGGAGGGCUCCGGGCAUGGCGGAGCAGCACAAGACGGCAGGAAGGUGGUCUACGUGUUUGGAGAGGCAGAACUGCGCGCUGGCUCUGAGAUCAAGGCUUUGCUUCUUCAAGCUCUUGGAGCUGCGUACGACGACCGGGACCUUACCUUCAUACCCAUAGCCGUUCGUGACGAGCAACGAGGAGCGCAAGAGGAGGAGCUGGCCGAUCGCCAGCUCAAGCUCGUGUACAUGGCAUGGAUGAAAGUGAAUCCUGACGGGGAUGAUGAGAGGAGAGUGCUCGAAAGGCUCGUGACAAGAGGGUGGCAAGCAUUUGUUGUCUGA